AUGCUGUUUGACUCCAAUCAUGCCGCCCAUGUCGGGGAAAAAAUGUCUUGGAAGCCAGGCCAAAGAAAUCAUUGCUAAGGUAUAUCACCAUAUAAAAAAAGAAACGGAAACUGGCAUUAUAAAUCUUACAGAUGCUAUGUGGCGAACUGCACAAGCUGUUGGUUAUAGUGAAUGCAUUGUAACCAGUAUAUUAAGUGAAAAACAACAAGAUGGUGAAUGUACAUCAACAGGCACAACAGAGGAACCUACAACAACAUCAACAAAUGAUAUAAAUUCACAGACCAAAGAAAUAAUUGCUAGGGUGUAUCACCAGAUGAAAAUAGAAGCAGAAAUUGACAAUGUUAGAAAUCUUAAAAAUGCUAGGAGCCCUAGCAGGCGCACUGCACAAACUGUUGGCUACAGUCAACGAACCGUAUUCAAAAUACUAAAAGAAGAACGACUAGCUUGUGCAAACACAUCAUUCACGGCACUGGACACAACAUCAAUAUUUAAGCCACCAUCUAAAAGAAAGCGCAUUUGCCCAAAAUCAACAUUGGACAACUAUGACCUAUCUUUGCUCCGAAAUACAAUUAUUUCAUAUCAGACCAAAAAUCACGAAAUGCCUACAUUAAAAGAACUUAAGGAAAUUGUAUCAGAAAAAACCGGUUUCAACGGAUGUAAAGAAACCUUGCGAAAAAUUUUGUAUGAUUCAGGCUUUGAGUGGUCUACAACUGAUAAUCACAAAUUACUUGUUGAAAGGCAUGAUAUACAAAUGUUGCGAUUCAGAUAUCUUAAAGAGCUGCAAAAAUAUCGUGAUGAAGGUAGAUACAUAGUCUUUACUGACAAUUACUAUGUUGACACAACACAGAAAAAAAUUAAAAACGCAAAUGGAACAUCACAGAAAACAUCUAAAGGAAUGCGGGUCAUAAUUAUUCAUGCCGGUGGAUGUCAAGGGUUCAUCCCAAAUGCCUGCUUAAUAUAUGAGACAGACUCAACAAGUGAUGAUAAUAUGAAUUUUAACAAAUAUAAGAAAUGGCUUACAAAUCAGCUACUGCCUAAUCUGCCAGAAAAUGCUGCCAUUGUCAUGAACAAUCAAAAUUGUGUAUUUGAAAAUUGUCCUGAUCCUAAUUCAACUAAAAGCUUUAUGCACGUAUGGUUGACCGAACGAAACAUUGAGUACGAAGAAACAAUGAAUAAAGUAGAACUGUAUGAUUUAAUAUUAAAGGGCAAAGGGACAUUCAAAAGUCACACCAUUGAAGAAAUAGUUAGGUCAAAGGGUUUUCAAGUUCUAAGGUUACCUCCUUAUCACCCUGACCUAAAUCCAAUGGAACAUAUUUGGCGAGUAUUAAAAAAGGAUGUAGUUUUAAAGAAUGUAGAGCAAGAAUUACCAUCUAAUUUGAAUCUAAUAAAAGAACGCAUUGAAACGAUUGAAAGUUCUUUGUGGGAAUAUGCAUGCCGGCAAGUUGUAGACGCGGAAAACCAAUACAUGAAAUAUUUUGAUGAUAGACUUUAAAAUUU